AUGAUGUCCAUGAACAGCAAACAGCCACAUUUCGCCAUGCAUCCAACCUUACCUGAGCCCAAGUACACGACUCUGCAUUCCAGCUCAGAAGCAAUCAGAAGAGCCUGUCUGCAAACUCCACAGCUGCAGAGUAACAUUUUCGCUAGUCUGGAUGAGACUCUUCUGGCCCGCGCCGAAGCUCUGGCGGCCGUGGACAUAGCAGUGUCACAGGGCAAAACUCACCCGUUCAAACCCGACGCGACCUACCACACUAUGAACAACGUGCCAUGUUCGUCCACAUCCACCGUGCCACUAGCCCACCAUCACCAUCACCACCAUCACCACCACCACCAGAACUUGGAACCACCGGACCUCAUGGAUCACAUCACCUCGCCGUCGCUCAGCCUCAUGACCAGUGCGCAUGAAGCGGCAGGAGGCGGUGGAGGCGGCGGCGGCGGGGGCUUAAUCUCAACCUCGGCCCACCCGCACUCUCACAUGCACGGCUUGAGCCAUCUCUCUCACCAGGCUGCUAUGAACAUGAAUUCCCCGCUCACCCAUCACGGGUUGUUGCCCGGUCACCACGGUAGUGCCCAAGGCGCACCGGGACUUACUAACAAUGGACUUCCCUCUAUCAACGAUUCAGACACGGACCCGAGGGAGCUCGAGGCUUUCGCUGAGCGCUUCAAACAGCGGAGGAUCAAACUCGGGGUGACCCAGGCGGACGUUGGGAGCGCCCUGGCUAGCCUGAAAAUUCCCGGUGUGGGCUCGCUGAGCCAAAGUACCAUUUGUCGAUUUGAAUCGUUAACUCUCUCACACAACAACAUGAUCGCGCUAAAACCAAUCUUACAGGCGUGGCUGGAGGAGGCCGAGGGGGCCCAAAGAGAGAAAAUGAGCAAACCCGACAUUUUCAACGGAGGCGAGAAGAAACGCAAGCGGACAUCGAUAGCAGCGCCUGAGAAAAGGUCUUUGGAAGCCUACUUUGCUGUGCAGCCUCGACCGUCAUCCGAGAAGAUAGCAGCGAUAGCUGAGAAAUUGGACCUCAAAAAGAACGUGGUUCGAGUAUGGUUUUGCAACCAAAGACAAAAACAGAAGAGGUUGAAAUUUUCCGCAGCUCACUGA